UCGCCUAGUUUUGUCCUCACAGCGACCCGUAGUGCACCCGACGAUCACAUGACAAUUUCGGAAGUAUGAGGAAGUAAGCUACAAAAACAAACCGUCUUUUAUACAUAACAAUACGUGACUUUUGCAGUUAUUAAGGCUUGAUAAUAAUGGAGUCGACCCUUGAGCAGCAUCUGGAUGACACCAUGAAGAACCCAGCAGUUGUCGGAGUGCUCUGCACGGAUCAACAAGGACACAAUCUGGGCAGCCGUGGCUCCCUGUCUGAUGAACAUGGCGGCGUUGUGUCAGUUUUGGCCAAACAAGCUGCAGCUCUCAUCAAAGACCCGACAGAUAGUCCAACAGUGUGCUUGGAGUCUGAGUCAGGAAACAUUCUGGUGAGGAGUCAUGGCAACAUCACGGUAGCAGUUCACAAGAUAGCGUGUUGAAGACAACGCGAUGGAGUUUUAUAUGUAAAGAAAUGUAGAUGCAUGGCACACAAGUAUUAUUACGCAUCCUGUUUGAACUGCAGUAAAUGUCUUUACCAACACGCAUGCCAGUUUCCUAACACUUGCUGUGAAAUACACUUUGGAAUUUAUUUAUGAAUAUGUACAUCAAUCUGUCACUAGUGCUUUAAUAAAAAUGCCUCAGCCGUG